AUUUCCAUUCCAUUCCAUUGUCAGUGCUAAAUUAUCUGUCUCCUGAGUAGUUUCAGAUGCUGUUCCAAGGUGAAGUUGAAACAAGGAACCAAAAUGGUGUCUGAGAAUUCUCUCUCCUCUCUCACCCGCUCUUCCACUCCCAACCUCUGCACUUCAUUUGCUAACCGUAUUUUUGCAGAUGUUGCUGGGGAUGUUACAGUUGUGGUUGAUGGAGAGUCUUUUCUACUUCACAAGUUUCCCCUGGUAGCUCGAAGUGGAAGGAUUAGGAAAAUGGUGGCAGAUGCUAAGGAUUCUAAUAUUUCAAGGUUGGAACUCUGUAACUUACCAGGUGGUGCCCGGACAUUUGAACUAGCUGCAAAAUUCUGUUAUGGCAUGAACUUUGAGGUUACUGCUUCAAAUGUAUCACAUCUGCGCUGUGCUGCAGAAUUCUUGGAAAUGACUGAAGAUUAUUACGAAGUAAAUCUCAUCGAACGAACGGAAACCUAUCUGAAUGAGGUGGUUGUUCAAAGUCUGGAAAAGUCUGUGGAAGUUCUUUCCGCAUGUGAGACACUACUUCCUAUUGCAGAAGAGUUAGGAAUUUUAAACAGGUGUGUUAAUGCCAUUGCGGUGAACGCAUGUAGGGAGCAGUUAGUAUCAGGUUUAUCCCGUCUAGAUUGUGAAAGCGGAUCUGCAGAAUUAAAGGGUGGAUGUAUUGAUUGGUGGGUCGAAGAUCUCUCAGGACUGAAUAUCGACUUUUAUCAUAGAGUUGUCUCUGCUAUGGGAAGAACCGGUGUACGAUCAGAUAGCAUUGUUGCGUCUUUAAUGCACUACGCUCAAGUUUCUUUAAAGGGUAUUGGAAAACAGCAAAUCCGGAACCCAGCUAGAACAAAUCCAGGUGCCAUGGAAAACACCCAGAGGGAAAUUGUGGAAACUCUUGUGAGUCUUAUGCCAACAGAGAAGAGUUCAUCUAUUCCGCUGAGUUUUCUGUUUGGGAUGUUGAGGAUGGCAAUCAUGGUUGAUGCUACCCUCGCUUGCAGGCUUGAGCUCGAGAGGAGGAUUUCAUUUAGGUUGGAAAUGGUUCCGCUUGAUGAUCUGCUUAUACCGUGCAUUCAGGCUGGUGACUCCAUGUUUGAUGUGGAUACUGUGCAUAGGAUAUUGGUGCAUUUCCUGCAGCGGAUUGAAGAGGAAGAAAAUGAUGAUUGUGGGUAUGAAUCAGAUGGCCUUGGUUCUCCAAGCCAUGGGUCUGUGCUGAAAGUUGGACGGCUUGUUGAUGCGUAUUUAGCAGAAAUUGCUCCUGAUCCGUAUCUCAGUGUACAAAAGUUCACUGCAAUAAUUGAGAUACUGCCCGACUAUGCUCGUGUGAUUGAUGAUGGGCUAUACAGAGCCGUUGAUAUAUUUCUGAAGGCCCAUCCAAUGUUACCAGAGCAUGAACGUAAGCAGCUCUGUAAAUACAUAGACUGCCAAAAGCUCUCUCAAGAAGCCUCAAAUCACGCUGCACAGAACGACAGGCUCCCAGUCCACAUGGCAGUGAGGGUUCUCUACUAUGAGCAGCUCCGUCUUAAGAGCACUGUGUCUGGGAGUUCUGGAGACGGAUUCUUGUCACAGAAAAUCAGCAGCGGUAUCCCUAGUGCGGCCAUGUCCCCUAGGGAUAAUUAUGCUUCUUUGAGGAGGGAGAAUAGGGAACUUAAGCUUGAGAUUUCAAGAAUGAGGGUGAGGCUUAGUGAACUGGAAAAGGAACAGGUGGUCAUGAAACAAGGGAUGAUGGAGAAGUCAGGGAAUGGGAAAAAGUUUUUAACUUCGAUUUCUAAGGGGAUUGGAAGAAUAGGAAUAUUUCAUGGUCCAGGAGGUGGAAAGCAGCAACAAUCCGGGAGGAAAUCCAGGGCAUCAGAAGGAAAAACUGGAAGGAGUCGGAGGUACUCUUUAUCUUAGCAUUAGGUUUGAGUUAUAAUUCAGCAAUUCUGGGAAAUUUUCCAUUUUUUUGAGGUAGAUGAGUGGCUUUUUCAUGAACUGCAGUAGAUGUUAAAUGUCAGUUCAUAGGCUCAAAUUCCAUGGUGGGGCGUAUUAUCACCUCUUUAUGGUUGCUGAAAUUGAAUCAAUCUUACACCCAACAGAACAUGAUGUCAGCAUUCAUACUAGGGGGGGAUCUACCAAGAACUUUUCACAUCAAAAUUUGGAGCAGAAUUCAUACUUGUCAAGUAUUUUGACAUAUGAUUUAUUGGUCUAGUGUUAGGGUCAAUCUUCUUCAUUUUCUAUGUAAUUUUGCUUGCUGUUCUAUGUAAUCGUUGUCUACUUUUUU